AUGAAUGUGUUUUCAAUAAAUGACAUACCAGAAUUCUCUGCUAAGGAACGUAUCGUAGUUGUUGGGAUAAUUGGAAAAUCUCCAUAUCGAUAUCCUAAUAAAACGACACCACUUUUGCCUUCAACAAAAUAUGAAGAAAAUGGGAUUGAAUGCCAUUGGGAUGAGAGGCGGAGUAUCUUAUAUCUACAUGCGGUCACCUACCUAGACACUAAACGACUGGCAUCAUUAGUGGCAGACCUUAGUGAGGAGUCAAAAAGCUCAGUGAAGGAUGCAGAUGCCGCACAUUGGUUGGUGGCGGCAGGAGAGCUGGCAAUAGAGUCUUGUAGAGCUAUGGCACUAAUAUUCCAUCUGUGCCACAUAGUGGUGCUAUCUUUACCGACACCGGUGUUUGACCUCGGCUACCUCCAGUUGUUUGAAGCUAUUGAUGGUUACAGGAACGAGCUGGCGGCCCAGACGAAAGCGGCCAUCAGCGAGGCCUCAGUGGGGGGCACUUGGGAGAGUCACGGCAGGGCCUGCUGCCCCCGGCUGCUGUUCCACUUCCGCAGGGCUCCGACGCCGCUGCGGAAGGACCCCGCCGCACUGAAGCGGCUCGAGCACGCCGUGGAGGACCAGCUCUACUUCAUGCUGCGGAAGACGAGGAUCAUCACCAACGUCUGUGCCAAAUCGGUGUUCGCGAUACCGAAGAACGAGGAGUUCGUGUACAUAAACGCGGAGGAGUCCGGGUGCGCGCGCGACGUCAGCUCGCUGGUGCGGGGGCUGGUGCAGCUGUGCGGGGGCGCGCGGCCGGAGGGGGGCGGGGGGAGGCCCUGCUUCCGCCAGUUCCUGCAGGGCCACGUGGACCUGGCCUUCGGCGAGGGCUUCGACGACAACGUCGGCAAAUACGCGAUGAGCACAUCCUUCUUCGAGCUCCCCAGCGCCGCCACGUGGCGGAAGGCGGCUGCGGCCCUGACGCCGGUCUACCUGCAGACAGCCGUGGCGGAGGAGGCGAAAGAGGCGGGGGGCGCCCUCUUCGACACGCUCGCGACGGACGUGAGGUUCUCUCAGGCGAGGUGCGCCAAGGUUCUUCCUAUAGCACAGGCUUCGUACGCGGAGGGUCUACCCCCAUUCUACUCGAGUCAGCAACACGCACAUAAGGUGGGCGUGGCGCUCGGCGAGCUGGAGGCGAUGGCGCGCGGGCCGCUGAUAGGGGGCGCGCGCGGCAGGCUGCGCUCUGCCUGCGCUGCUCUGUGGCGCACGCGCCGGCUCUGCGAGGCGCUUUCCCUCACGCAGCACCCCUGCCUUGAGCCCGAGCACGACGACAACAAGGAGCACUCCUCGGGGGUCCGCUACGUGAGCGCGUGCAACUGCGGCCGCAGCAAGUGUCCGCGCGAGGACCCUUACACGCUGCGCCAGGCCAACCACGGCUUCUAUCUGCGGGCGGCCGAGGAGUGCGGCGUCUGCAACACGCUGCAGGCGAUCGAGAUGCCAGUCUUCCAGCCCUCCACGCCCACCUUCAGGGCGGCGGCGUUGAAGGGCGCGGCGGGCGAAGAGGCGGCCGAGGUGGCCGAGGGGCCGGAGGGGCGGGAGGGGCGCGAGGGGCCGGAGGGCGGCGGCUCGGGCUCCGGGGCGUCGCCGGAGCCCUGCGAGGGCUCGGCCUGGUCCCCGCACGCGCUCUCGCCGGGCUCCGCCCGCGACGAAGACGACGAAGAUGCCGUCGCCAACGAGCCCCGCCCCGGCUACGACCUGGUGCCCGUCAGGGGCGAAGCUCCUGCAGAGAAGGCGAUCAGCCGCCAGCCGUCCACCACGGAGUACCUGCCCGGCAUGCUGCACACGGGCAGCCCCGCCAACCUGCUGCCCGCCUUCCCCAGCUGGUCGCUGCUGUGCCUGGGCCCCUCCUCGCUCUACUCGCACAGCCUCGGCCUGCCGGAGCACCUGCAGCCCGGCUUCCUGCCGCACACCAACUACCUGCUGCCCUGGGACUGCACCGUCAGGAUGGAGCAAGCAAGCGCAUGGCGGGCGUCCCGUGGGCGUGGGAAGGCGACGCCGCAGCACCACCUCACCGUGAAGAUCUUCAUAGGCUUCGAAUACGAGUGCACCAGGGGUCAUAGGUUCAUGAUGGCGUCGCCCGAGGCGGCGGUGAGCGGCGGGCGCGUAUACAUAGUACAGCGAGCUAAAAGGAUGCGUUCGGGCGGGUUCGCGCAUACAUACAUAGUACAGAGAGAAGCUAAAAGUUACGUCGAGGUUCAUAAAAAGCGGCGGUUCAUGAUGGCAUCGCCCAAAGCGACGGUCGCGUAUACAAGGUACAUCGAUAGUGUCGAGCUAAAAGGCGCCUUACGCGGUCGCGUCAAGGUUCAUGAUGGCAUCGCCCAAAGCGGCGCGGCGGCGGCGCGGCGGGCGCGGGCGGGCGCGGCGUGGGCGCGCGACGCGGCGGCGGGCGCGCGGCUGGCGCAGGCCGCGAUGCCGCUGCAGCUGGCGUGCCUGUGCCGCGCCGCCACCAGGGCGCACCUGGCGCGCGUGCACGUCGUCACGCCCAAGGCGCCCGUGCACGUCACGCUCGACCCCAAGGUGCAACCGAUCGCCGGCGGGCCGAUAUUCGUGCCGCGCCCCGUGGGCGAGCCGCCCCUCAAGCUGAGCGCGUCCGCCUACUGGGUGCUCCGCCUGCCGUACGUGUACGCGGACGAGAGGGGCGUGCUGCCCCGCCCCCGCCCCCCCUCGUGCACCGCUGGCGCCCUCAUCCCGCCCCUCUUCGGGCUCCAGGAC